CGCACUGCCCUCCCACCGCGCGUCCCCGGCCCCGCCUCCUGUGUUCGGAUAGAAGAGGCAACUGAUGCUGCGCCCGGAGCCCGCGGACAUUUCUCCAAUUUGUGGAUAAAGAUCUGAUGGCAGAUAAUGUCAACCUCUAACAACAUAGCGCAGGCUCGAAAGCUGGUGGAGCAACUCCGCAUCGAGGCCGGUUUUGAGAGAAUUAAGGUUUCUAAAGCAGCAGCAGAACUUAUGAACUACUGCGAGCAGAAUGCCAAAAAUGAUCCGCUGCUGGUUGGAGUGCCAACUUCCGAGAAUCCAUUCAAGGACAAAAAGCCAUGUUCUAUUCUAUAACUUUCCUCUUCCAGGCAUUACAGCAAGCAGUUUCUUGACCAGCUGAUGGCAUCUGAGUGAGAUGGUCAGGUCAUUUUCAAGAUAGCAAUGAUCUGCAGAUAACUCAGAUAGCUGCAAAAUAGAAGAACACAGUCUUGCACAUUAUAUGAGAGACACUUAGAUUUCAAAUGUAAUGUUUAUACAGUCAGAUGACUGCAAUGGUUGGUUUUCUCAUUUUCUUGUGUGUAUUUUGGGGGAGAAUCGUUUGUGCCAGUAGUAUCUUCAGAGAGGAUUUGCUGUACAUAUAAGUGUCAGGCGUGUACAGCUGUAGUUUGUAUUCCGGACUGAGCCAUGAAACGCGUUGAUCUAGUUUGUGGUCAUUAACCCCAUUUUGUAUUUUCACCAUCACAUGACAUCUGUACUUCUCCGUAUAGUGGAUGCAUUUCUCGCCUAUUCUUUCUGCUUAGUGAAUCUGUUGGAGCUUGUUAAUAGUAGGAAGUUGUGAGCAACAUCCACCCUGACUUUAUUUCUAGGGUAUGGGCUGCAAUUUUAGAUGUGAUGUAUACAGCAUGAUCAUGUGAGACAACCACUUAUGAAUGAAGUUCCAACAGCUUAUUUUAGCUUUACAAUUUUCAUGUAGUUUUAUAUAUUCUUUCCCUGGGUCCACAAAGAAAUAAAAUAGGUGUCACAUGAAAUACACAUCUCAAGAUGGUUCUUUUCCCCUUGUGGUCAUGUAAAUGGGCUUUGUAUGAAGGUACAUGUAGUAGAUGACAUUCCAGACUGUGUUCUUUUUCUGUGAAGAUAUAGUAAAAGUGGAUUCAUGGGAGGAGUAUGAUCUUUUGUAAGACACACAGUCUCACAUGUUUUAUAUAGGUUAUACAUAAUAUCUGAUGGAAUGAAAUGAUUGGCUAUUGCUGUGUGGUGCCAUUCAUUUUAUAUGGUUAGUCGACUGGUAUUAGGUUUCAGAAUCAGAAAAUCUCUUUUCCUAUGACCCCCUUUAUAUGCUCAGAUAUUGUUUUGUAAAACACCCAUUGAUACUUGAAGCGCUACAAUAAUACGACUUUUCCUGUUACAUGAGACAUAUAUAAGAUUGUGACAUCAUGGACAGAAAUUAUGUGCCAUCACAAAAAUCUUACACCUUUAAUGUACAGUAAUGACAAAACCAGCACCUCUCAUGUAACCCUGCUAAUGGGUCCCUUGCUGGAUUGUAUCAAAUUGUAUUCUUAGAGGUCAUUCCCUAACAUGUAACUAGCAUCAUUGCCCCGACACAAUAUUGAUACCUUAUUGUUUCACCUGGUAAUACAAUGUAUAGCUAUAAGAGACAACAUUUACAAGCUAAUGCUCUAUCCAGGGGCUAAAAUGGGUAUUCCUCAUCCAAAACCAGUAGGAACCAAGCUCAAGUGGUGGUUAAGGGACUGCAUAAUUAGUAAUUUCUUAAUAUGCACUUGUAGGAAUCCACCUCAGAGUUAUAAUCUACUCAUAUUCCCAAUUGGCCUGGGGAUCUGUUAAUGAUACCCACUUGUAGCUUGUCCUUCUUUGGCUCCUAAAUCCAGAUGCUGUACAGAAUUUUGAUCUCCAGUUUAAGACCCCAGUAGCAGUGGAGACUUUCCACCUUUUCUUUGUAUUGUGUGGUGAAUAUGUCCGCAAUAUUCAGAAUUUGUACCUAUAGCGGUAUUCAUUGUAGGUGUGAGAAUCUAUUCUAUGCUGUAUUAUACUAAUCCGCAGUGAUCUGCUCAGUGUUCUUAAGUGUUUGCCAUUUUCUUUCCUUUUCUUGAUGUAUACAGUAUUUUCCAGCAUUGGUGUUCUUUUGCCUGUUUAACUAACAUGUCGAUAACUCACUAAAUAUCUGUACAGUGUUUAUCCUCACAUUCAUUCCUGCAAAUUUAUUGUCAACUUUUAUCAUGUGCCAAAUAAUUUUGCACUGUAACUAUAUAUUUUGUGGUGUAGCUGUUACAAUGUUAAACCUUAAAUAAAGAUUCACUACACUUUACUUAUA